CCAACAGAGAUAAAAAGAUUCUUGGUGACUACAGAUUGUCAGAGGUUAGACAUUUCAUCCAGAUCAUUUCUUCUUUCUAUUGGGAGUAGACAAUAAAAAGCUGCAACCAUGAGCAGAGAUUCUGAAAUGGAAGUUUUUGGGGUGGCUGCCCCUUUCCUACGAAAAUCCGAAAAGGAACGGAUAGAAGCUCAAAACCAGCCAUUUGAUGCUAAGACAUACUGUUAUGUGGCUGAACCCAAAGAGGAAUAUGCCAAAGGAAAAAUCAAGGGUACCGAAGGUGGCAAGACAACUGUUGAAACAGAUGAUGGCAGGACACUGACAGCGAAGUCAGAAGAUGUGUAUGCCAUGAAUCCACCUAAAUUUGACAGAAUUGAGGACAUGGCAAUGCUGACACAUUUGCAUGAACCUGCAGUUUUGUACAAUCUCAAAGACCGCUACAGUUCCUGGAUGAUCUAUACUUACUCAGGCCUCUUCUGUGUUACUAUCAAUCCAUACAAAUGGCUGCCUGUGUACAAUCCAGAGGUGGUGGCUGGCUACCGGGGCAAAAAGCGUUCAGAGGCACCUCCCCAUAUCUUCUCCAUCUCUGACAAUGCCUAUCAAUUCAUGUUAACCGAUCGUGAAAACCAGUCUAUUUUAAUCACUGGAGAAUCUGGUGCUGGAAAGACGGUGAACACCAAGCGGGUCAUUCAGUAUUUUGCAACAAUUGCAGCUGGGGAAGGAUCCAAGAAAAAGGAGUCCCAGUCGAAGAUGAAGGGGACACUGGAAGAUCAAAUCAUCAGUGCUAACCCUUUAUUGGAAGCAUUUGGGAAUGCCAAGACUGUGAGAAAUGACAACUCCUCUCGCUUUGGCAAGUUCAUUCGAAUUCAUUUUGGUGCCACUGGAAAGCUGGCUUCUGCAGAUAUUGAGACCUAUCUGCUGGAAAAGUCAAGAGUAACUUUUCAGCUCAAAGCUGAAAGAAGUUACCACAUUUUCUAUCAGAUUCUGUCCAACAAGAAGCCAGAACUGAUUGAAAUGCUUCUCAUUACAACCAACCCUUAUGACUACCCAUUUAUAAGUCAAGGGGAGAUCUCAGUGCAAAGCAUUGAUGACCAAGAGGAGCUAAUAGCAACCGAUACAGCUAUAGAUAUCCUGGGCUUCACUGCUGACGAGAAGGUUGGAAUCUACAAACUGACAGGGGCAGUGAUGCAUUAUGGGAACAUGAAGUUUAAACAGAAACCACGAGAGGAGCAGGCAGAGCCAGAUGGCACAGAAGAGGCUGACAAGGCAGCUUAUCUAAUGGGUCUGAAUUCUGCUGAUUUGUUGAAAGCCCUGUGCUUUCCCCGAGUGAAGGUGGGAAAUGAAUAUGUGACCAAAGGUCAAACUGUAGACCAGGUACAUCAUGCUGUCAAUGCCCUUUCCAAAUCGGUCUAUGAAAAGCUGUUUUUCUGGAUGGUAGCCCGCAUCAAUCAACAACUGGACACGAGGUUGCCUAGACAACAUUUCAUCGGGGUCUUAGAUAUUGCAGGCUUUGAAAUCUUUGAGUACAAUAGCUUGGAGCAGCUGUGCAUCAACUUCACCAAUGAGAAACUGCAACAGUUUUUCAACCACCACAUGUUUGUGCUGGAGCAAGAGGAGUACAAGAAGGAAGGAAUUGAAUGGACUUUCAUUGACUUUGGAAUGGAUCUAGCAGCCUGCAUUGAGCUUAUUGAGAAGCCAAUGGGCAUCUUUUCCAUCCUGGAAGAGGAGUGUAUGUUUCCUAAGGCAACUGACACGUCCUUCAAGAACAAACUGUAUGACCAGCAUCUUGGAAAAUCUGCCAAUUUCCAGAAGCCAAAACCUGCCAAAGGCAAGGCUGAAGCUCAUUUCUCCUUAGUCCACUACGCAGGAGUUGUGGACUAUAAUAUCACUGGCUGGCUGGAGAAGAACAAGGAUCCCUUGAAUGAAACAGUUGUGGCACUCUAUCAGAAGUCAUCAAUCAAGAUUUUGGCUAAUCUUUAUGCUACCUUUGCUUCUCUGGAUGAUGGUGAAUCAGGUGGAACGAAGAAGAAAGGCGCCAAGAAGAAAGGGUCUUCUUUCCAAACGGUGUCUGCCCUCUUCAGGGAAAACUUAAACAAACUGAUGUCCAACUUGCGGACAACCCAUCCACAUUUUGUGCGCUGCAUCAUCCCCAAUGAAACCAAAACCCCAGGUGCCAUGGACCACAAGCUUGUCCUGCAUCAGCUGAGGUGCAAUGGAGUCCUUGAAGGCAUUCGGAUCUGCAGGAAAGGCUUCCCAAACAGAAUCCUGUAUGGGGAUUUCAAACAAAGGUACCGGGUGCUGAAUGCCAGUGCUAUCCCAGAGGGCCAAUUUAUGGACAGCAAGAAAGCCUGUGAAAAACUGCUGGGAUCCAUUGAUAUUGACCAUACUCAGUACAAAUUUGGACACACCAAAGUCUUCUUCAAGGCUGGGCUGCUGGGCCUUUUGGAAGAGAUGAGAGACGAUCGUCUAGCUUUGCUCAUCACUCGUACACAGGCUGUGUGCAGAGGGUACCUCAUGAGAAUGGAAUACCAAAAAAUGGUAGAGAGAAGGGAAGCAAUCUUCACAAUUCAGUACAACAUUCGCUCAUUUAUGAAUGUCAAGCAUUGGCCAUGGAUGAAGUUGUACUUCAAGAUCAAACCACUGUUAAGGAGUGCAGAGGCAGAGAAGGAGAUGGCUAACAUGAAGAUAGAAUUUGAGAAAACCAAGGAGGAGCUUGCUAAAUCUGAGGCCAAAAGGAAAGAACUAGAGGAGAAAAUGGUGUCCUUGCUGCAAGAGAAAAAUGACCUGCAGCUUCAAGUGCAAUCUGAAAGUGAAAAUUUGGCAGAUGCUGAGGAGAGAUGUGACCAGCUGAUCAAAACCAAAAUCCAGCUGGAAGCCAAAAUUAAGGAGCUGACUGAACGAGCUGAAGAUGAAGAGGAGAUGAAUGCUGAGUUGACAGCCAAGAAGAGGAAGCUGGAAGAUGAAUGCUCAGAGCUAAAGAAAGACAUUGAUGAUCUUGAGUUAACACUGGCCAAGGUUGAAAAGGAAAAGCAUGCCACUGAGAAUAAGGUUAAAAACCUAACAGAAGAGAUGGCAGUUUUGGAUGAAGCUAUUGUGAAGUUAACGAAGGAGAAGAAAGCCCUCCAAGAGGCUCAUCAACAAGCUCUAGAUGACUUACAGGCAGAGGAGGACAAAGUCAACACACUCACCAAAGCCAAAAUCAAAUUGGAACAGCAAGUGGACGAUCUGGAAGGCUCUUUGGAACAGGAGAAGAAAAUCCGCAUGGAUCUGGAAAGAGCCAAGAGGAAGUUAGAAGGGGACUUGAAACUUGCCCAGGAAUCCAUAAUGGAUCUAGAAAAUGAUAAACAGCAACUGGAUGAAAAACUGAAGAAGAAGGACUUUGAGUACAGUCAGCUACAAAGCAAAAUUGAAGAUGAACAAAAUUUGGGCAUCCAACUACAGAAGAAGAUCAAAGAACUGCAGGCUCGCAUUGAGGAACUGGAAGAAGAGAUUGAAUCUGAGAGAGCGACUCGGGCAAAGGCAGAGAAGCAGCGGGCAGAUUUGGCCCGUGAACUGGAAGAGAUCAGCGAGAGGCUUGAAGAGGCUGGAGGGGCUACCUCUGCCCAGGUAGAAAUCAAUAAGAAGCGGGAGGCAGAAUUUCAGAAAAUGAGGCGUGAUCUGGAAGAGUCUGCCCUACAGCAUGAAGCCACAGUAGCAGCUCUCCGAAAGAAGCAUGCUGACAGCACUGCUGAGCUUGGGGAGCAAAUUGAUAACCUGCAGCGUGUCAAACAGAAACUAGAGAAGGAAAAAAGCGAGUUGAAGAUGGAGAUUGAUGACCUGGCCAGUAACUUGGAGUCUGUUUCAAAGUCAAAGGCUAAUCUAGAGAAAAUGUGCCGUACAUUAGAGGAUCAGCUCAGUGAACUGAAGGCCAAGUCUGAGGAAAAUCAGAGGACAGUGAAUGAUCUAACCAUGCAUAAAGCUCGUCUGCAGACUGAAACAGGUGAACUGGCAAGACAACUUGAGGAAAAAGAGAGCAUAAUCUCACAGCUUUCCAGAAGCAAGCAAGCAUUUUCCCAGCAAAUAGAAGAACUGAAGAGACAGCUAGAGGAAGAGACCAAGGCUAAGAAUGCAUUGGCUCAUGCCUUACAAUCGGCUCGCCAUGACUGUGACUUGCUCCGGGAACAAUAUGAAGAGGAACAAGAAGCCAAGAGUGAACUCCAACGUGCCCUGUCCAAGGCCAAUAGUGAAGUGGCCCAGUGGAGAACCAAAUAUGAGACAGAUGCCAUUCAACGCACAGAAGAGCUAGAAGAGGCCAAGAAAAAACUUGCCCAGAGGCUUCAAGAAGCUGAGGAGCAAGUAGAAGCUGUGAACUCCAAAUGUGCUUCCCUGGAAAAAACAAAACAGAGGUUGCUAGGCGAAGUGGAGGACAUGAUGGUGGAUGUUGAGAGAGCAAAUGCACAAGCAGCUGCUUUGGAUAAGAAGCAAAGGAAUUUUGAUAAGAUUCUGGCAGAAUGGAAGUCAAAAUAUGAAGAGAGCCAGUCCGAACUGGAAGGGUCCUUAAAAGAAGCCCGUUCCUUGAGCACUGAACUCUUCAAAAUGAAGAAUGCUUAUGAGGAAACGCUGGAUCAGCUGGAAACAAUCAAGCGAGAAAACAAGAAUUUACAGCAAGAAAUAGCUGAUCUUACAGAGCAAAUUGCUGAAAAUGGCAAAACAAUCCAUGAACUCGAGAAGGCCAAGAAGCAGAUAGAAGUGGAGAAAUCUGACAUGCAGAUGGCUCUAGAGGAAGCAGAGGCAGCUCUUGAACACGAGGAGGCCAAAAUACUCCGCAUUCAGCUUGAGCUGACCCAGGUGAAAUCUGAAAUUGAUAGAAAGAUUGCUGAGAAAGAUGAAGAAAUCGACCAGUUAAAGAGGAACCACCAGAGAACUGUGGACACAAUGCAAAGUGCUCUGGAUGCAGAAAUACGGAGCAGGAAUGAAGCUAUGCGGAUUAAGAAGAAGAUGGAAGGGGAUCUGAAUGAAAUGGAAGUUCAGCUGAGCCAUGCCAACCGCCUAGCAGCUGAGACGCAGAAACACCUCAGGAAUGUCCAGGGGCAGCUCAAGGAUACUCAGCUGCAUCUGGAUGAUGCCCUCCGAGGUCAAGAAGAUCUGAAAGAGCAAUUGGCCAUGGUUGAACGAAGGGCUAACUUGAUGCAAGCUGAAAUUGAGGAGCUCAGGGCAGCUCUGGAACAGACAGAAAGGGGCAGGAAAAUAGCUGAACAAGAACUCCUGGAUGCCACUGAGCGUGUGCAACUCCUACACACACAGAACACCAGCCUGAUUAACACAAAGAAGAAGCUGGAAACUGAUAUUUCCCAACUUCAAAGUGAAGUAGAAGAUGCCAUUAAAGAGGCCAGGAAUGCAGAAGAUAAGGCCAAGAAGGCAAUUACAGAUGCAGCCAUGAUGGCAGAAGAGCUUAAGAAAGAGCAAGAUACCAGCGCCCAUCUGGAAAGAAUGAAAAAGAAUCUGGAUCAAACAGUGAAGGAUUUGCAGCUUCGCCUGGAUGAGGCAGAACAGCUUGCCUUAAAAGGAGGAAAGAAACAGAUCCAGAAAAUGGAGGCCAGGAUCCGAGAGCUGGAGUCUGAACUUGAGGGAGAGCAGAAGCGAGCUACAGAAGCCAUCAAAGGUAUUCGCAAGUAUGAACGGCGAAUCAAAGAAAUGACUUUCCAGGGUGAAGAGGACAGAAAGAAUGUGAUCAGGCUACAGGAUUUGGUGGAUAAACUUCAACUGAAAGUCAAAUCUUACAAGAGACAAGCAGAGGAAGCCGAUGAACAAUCCAAUGUCCAUCUGUCCAAAUUCAGAAAAGCACAACACGAGCUGGAAGAGGCUGAGGAGAGGGCUGAUAUUGCUGAGUCUCAGGUCAACAAGCUCCGAGCAAAGACCAGAGAGGUUUCUACCACAAAAGUGGUGAUAGAAAGUGAAGAAUGAAUCUACUGCGGUAUCAAACCUGGGAAUGUAUGCAAAAUGUAUAUGUCCCCUGAUUUUUUUGAAUGCUAUCGUAGUCCUGUAGUCUUUCCUUACUGAUUCCAGUAGAAAAUAAAUUGUGCUUUGCUUAAAAA